ACAAGAUCAAGCUCCCUAAUCUCUCAACAGCCUCUCCCUCUCCCUCUCCCUCUCCCUCUCCUUCCCACAUAGAAUUUAAGAAAUAUCAAGUGAGAAUCGCUCCACAUCGUUUGUGCCCAACUGCUGUGCUACCCAUCUAUCACUUUCCCGCCCGACAGGUACAGGUAUCUAGUCACCGGUACUCGCGACAGCACGGAGACGGAGGACUCUCACGAUCCCCCAAUUGGUCCGUGUUGACUUUGUUUGAGAGCACCGAGCAUCUGCAAGCUCAAGCUCUCCCCAAGCGCUCCACCUGCGUCUAUCGCACCAAAACCAAUUCUUCGCCAACACAGCCAAAAGCUUUCCCAUCAGUAAGCUCCUCGACGUUGCAUGCUGUGAAAGAUGGGCAGUGCAAAGCCGGUUGAGUCGGGGGAAAAGUCGCAGUCGUCGAUGAAUAAUGGGAAGGCCAUCAACGGCCAGUCGAAAUCUCCUCCAACAAAAACGAAAUCGAAGACGAAGACGCAGACACCCAAAAAGACUGGCUCACGCCUGUUCAGCAUAAUCUCCAGGCACGUCCACGACUUCCAUUCGCACCCCAGUAACACAUCAACCCACGCUAACAUGCUCUCCUAGGUUAUUGACUUGGUACUCAAUCAUCACCAUAUAUUUUCGAUGUCCCUCCACGCCAGAUCUCCUUACAGACACCUCGCCCAGGAUCUGCAAGCCCUAUUUCCAAUUGGAGUCAGCCGUGUCCCCAUAUCUCUCACCAUACUACGAUGUAUAUGCCGCACCGUAUGUUGAUAAGGUAAAGCCCUACUACGAAACGGCCAACCAAAAGGUCAUCAUACCGGUAAUCGUCUUGGGUAAGAAAUGUGGCGCUCCUCGCGUAGCGCAAGCGCAGUCAUAUGGCCAGGCUCAAUGGGAGAAGAACUUACAGCCGCUGGUGCAAAAAUAUCAAGACGUGGCAAAGACAAAAUAUGACGAAACUUUGGGGCCACACAUUAUGCAGGCCGUUGAUGUGACAUCGCCAUACUUUGACAUUUUGAGAACAAAUGCCCUCCAAACGUACUAUGGGCACAUCCUACCAACAUAUAAUAUGGUUAAGCCACACGUUAUCGACGGAUAUCUGAUCACAACCGAUUUUGCCCUCAACACUGCCUUUCCAUACACUCAAUGGGCAUGGACAACAAGUGCGGUAUUUGUAGAACGUACAAUUUGGCCGCAAGUGCGGAUUCUAUAUGGCGAAAAUGUGGAGCCACAGUUAGUGAGAAUUGGUCAGCGCCUGGGCAGAUACCGAGACGGGAAAAAGCUCAAGGCAGUUGUGGAUGAGGUCGAUAGGUAUGAACAAGACUCCAUGUACCUCUUUGCAAUGACUAACUUUUUCCAGUUCUUCAUCUGCCCCGUCAACAUCCUCGGAUUUCUCGGCAUCGGAGUUUUAUUCCUCUACCACAGAAGAUACCGAGACGAUUGAGGUUACGGAGCUUCCAUCUUCCGAGCCCACGAUCGAACAGAGUACAGAGGAAACUACAGAGUCAGAAGAAGAAAUCGAGGCCAAGAAGAAGGCAAUCCGGGAAAAGGCACAAGAAAUUGUUACCAACGAUCUCAGGGUUUGGCAGGAGAAGUUCGCCAAAGCUGCCGACGAGGGAUCAGAUGAAAUGGAGGAGCGAAUUACGGAAAUCUCAGAAACAAUGGUCAAACAAGCAAAAGGCGUUGGAAAUGCACUAAUUGUACAAUUGGAAGAGACUGUCAAGUCGGGGUUCAAAUCUCUAAAACGCGAUAUCAUCUCAAUUGUGGAGAGUAAAGACUCCGAAGAGUGUGAAAAGGAUCUUGCGCAGGCCGUUCGCAAAACUGGUCUUGCAAUCAAGGAAAAGGGUCAAGCAGUUCGAAAUUGGAAACUAAAUUUUGAUCAAGAAAUGAACUCCCUCCUGGAACAAACCGCAUCAGACACCUUUGACGUUCUAGACACUAUUAGAGACAUGGGAUUACAAGAGGUUGGAAUGAGAUGGGCCUGGACUGAUGGAAUUACUCACAAGCAUUGGACCAAAUAUCACAAAUUGAAGGGUAAAUUUGAAGAGUGGCGGUUGGAUGUCGAAAAAGUGAUCACUGAACACCCUGGUCUUGAUCGUGUCCGUGCAGCUGCUGAAGACAACGAAAACAGAGCAAUGGCAAUUGCGGAAGAAGCUGCAAAGGAAUUGGCGCGUCUCAAGGAAACAGGACGGUGGAAGAUUUCAAUGGAGGAUAGCAGUGACGAUUUCAGUACCAAACACAUGCCGGCAGCGGCUGCCUCGUUAGGCAAAAAUAUCAAGGAGAAGGUUGUGGAAGGGGGUGAAAAUGCCCAGGAUGUUAUUCAAGAGGCAUUAUCUAAAGCUCAGGGUGGUGUGUCUAGUGUUUCUGAAGCGAUCGUUGGCACCGAACAAGGCACCAUUGAAAGCUUGAGUUCUGUUGCAAGCUCCAGUGUGGGUGAUUUGGCGAGUGAGGCAUCAAGCGCAAUCAUUGGGGGCCAGCAAGGAGGCGUGGAAAGUAUCGCUUCAGUCGCAACGGAAAACGCAAAGUCAGCCGGUUCUGAGGUUUCGAGCGUUGUCUCCGAUGCAUCGAGCUCUCUCAGCUCCGCCACGUCCUCUAUCGCGAGUUCCCUAUCAAAAAGCCUUGACGCUGCCUCCAUCUCGGUUGAAUCAGCGGCAUCAUCUGCCAGUAGCACUGCAUCGAAAAAGGUUUGGGGUGGAGCCAUGGCCCAAAAGGUUGAAGCUCGUCAAAUCAUUUUCGACGAUUCCAUUGACGAUUCCGAUGACGAUACUUUCAGUGAGAGAUUACAGAGCAUGGCAAGUGAAGCAGGCGACAAGUACGCCGAUAUUACAAAAGCAGUCAGCGAGGCUUUGUUGAAACCCACCAGCACUCCGGGACAUCAAGUCACAAAAUUAGCAGCUCAAAAGUACUCGAGUGCUCUUGCGGCCGCCAGUAGCGUACUCUAUGGAACUGAAAAAGGGGCAGGCGAGAGCGUUGCUAGCAUAGCUUCAAGCAGAUAUUCCGACGCUGUUUCUACGUACGUUUCCCAUUUCUUAUAAUUUGGUCGAUUCGACCACAAGCUGAUGUUUGCUAUAGUGCCAGCGUAGCUCUUUACGGGUCACCGGCGCCUGUCACUGCAUCAAUUGUUUCACAGGCAAGUGGGGCGUAUAGUAAUGCCCAGGCUGCUCUGGAAUCAGCCAAAUCAUUAGCUCAAUCCAGACUCUCUGAAGGUCUCGAUCUUGCCGCAAGUCGGUUCUCCGAUGCGAAGAACUACGUAGCUGCCAUAAACACUGGCACAACUCAGAAACAAAAAUUGUCUGUUCAAAUGCAAGAGCAGUAUUACGCUGGCAUUGGACUGGCACAUGCGAGAUACUCAGAGUACAUGGCGGCGGUUUCCGCGGCCAUCAUGCCAAAGCCAACACCUUUCCAUGAGAGUGUGUACAGCAAGGCCAGUGCUGGUAUUGUUGGAACGGAGCCACAUGGUUAUGAGAAGGCUUUGAGCACGGCCGACUCAUACUAUUCGAUCGCUGUUUCCAAGGCAUCGGCUCAAUUAAAUAACUUUUUAUCCUCCAUCUCCAGUGCGGGGGCGAAGGGUAAAGAAAUUGUCCCAACAUCUAGCCUAGCUGCCCAGGCUUCUUCUCAAUAUUCCGCCUCUGUUGCCGAAGCAUCCAGUUCAUAUUCCAGUAUAUCCUCAGUUAUUGCAAACAAAAUUCAAGAUCAAGCUUCCCAAGCAUCAGGGGCCGUGUACGGCAGCGAAACGCCUCUAACCGAAAAAAUUGCCUCCAAGGCGAGUGAAAAUUGGGAUGCUCUAAUCAACAAAGCUAGCGAGCAAAUUUAUGGCGCACCAACUCCUUAUGUAAGUUAGUCAUUCUUUCGAUAUCCCCUCGUCUCUGAGGUUUAUGCCCACACGUCGUCGCAUUUGAAUACUAACGUCUAAUGGUUUAGUUUGUGACGCGCCAAUUGUUGUCGGAAGCCAAGGAAUACGGUGCGGUUGCUACUGGUGCAGCCACUUCCCAGUACUUUGUCGUACAAUCCAUCAUCAGGGAGCUCAUAAUCGGCAAAGACCCUACAUUUACAGAGAGCGUUUACAAUAAAUUAAGCUCCGCUUAUUACACAAACGCGGAUGAUGUGGUUUCUUCGGCAUCGUCUAUCGCGAACGAGGCUUAUUCUUCUGUCUUUUCUGCUGUGUCUGUCAUGUUCACUCCGCCAGCCACUAUCGAGGUAAUUCUCGACUCGGCAUCGUCGCGAGUCAACGAUGUGGUUCAAGCAGCCAGCAUUCAAAUUUAUGGAACCAAAAAAGGCUCAUACGAACAAGCCAGCUCAGCAGCCGCCUCUGCUUAUAGCUCCGUUCAGAGCGCUGCCUCCGCAAAGAUAUACGGUACAAGCACUGGCUACGCCGAGGCCGCCUCCAGCUCCAUUUCACUGGCAGCUCUUUCUGCUCAACGAGCCAUCUCAGAAGCCAUAUAUGGAACUCCUACUGGGAAGGUAGAGGCGGCUACCAAUGUAGCCGAGAAGUACGCAUCGGCCACAGCUGCCGCUGCGCAAGCUUAUGCCUCAGCCCAAGCAAAAAUCAGCAAGGCUAUAUAUGGAGAGGAGCAAGGCGCCAUUGAAAGUGCACAAUCUCGUUUGUCUGCUGCUGUGGAGUCUGCUCGUGCUCGACUGGCUGAGUUCGCUGCAAAUGCUGGUGAGGGAGCAAGCGAGUACGUCAAACAGGCUAGUGAGGGGGUGGAGGAAUUUGCUAGUAGUGUGAGCAGCGCUGUUGCAGCGGGAAAGACGAAUGUGAAGGACGAGUUGUGAUUUUCUUUUUGAGGAUAUGAUUUCGACUUUUUCCUUUGUUUUGCUCGACGAGAUGGAGCUCAUGUUAGUGAAGAGAUGAAUGCACAAAGUCUGAUAUGAAAGGGAAAAAAUAACUUUCUACUUCCACUAUCUAGGUAGGGUUUUGGGGUGGGGCGGAGAUGAUUGGGUCGGGUAAGGUGGGUGGAGGUGUGUGUAUGAAAAAGGAAUGGAAUGGAUGUUACGACCUGGAAUAUUAUUACUUUUACUGUAUUGUCUUUUUUUCAAGACAUGAUGGGUGGGUGGUUGGAAGGAGAACGUGGCGUCCGAUUUUCUUAUUUUGACGUUUUUGAGCGGUACUUUGCGGGUGUUUUCUUUCUCUGCCUUUCUUUUGUAUGUAAUAUGAGUCGUGAAAUAUACACCUUGAACGCGGU